AAUUCAUUUUCGUGUUGAAAUAAGUUGAUCGCAAAGGAUUGAGUACCUGUUUAUUGGGUUUUUGAUUUCUUGUUUAAAUUGGAGAGAUGGAGAAGAAAAAGGUGACCGUGCCAUUAGUAUGCCAUGGGCAUUCAAGGCCUGUGGUUGAUUUGUUCUACAGUCCUAUAACUCCUGAUGGAUUUUUUCUUAUUAGUGCCAGUAAAGACUCCACUCCAAUGUUAAGAAAUGGGGAGACUGGAGAUUGGAUUGGCACAUUUCAAGGGCAUAAAGGUGCAAUAUGGAGCUCCUGCCUUGAUACCAAAGCAUUACGUGCAGCUUCUGCUUCUGCUGAUUUUUCUGCGAAACUAUGGGAUGCAUUGACAGGAGAUGAAUUGCACUCUUUUGAACACAAGCAUAUUGUUCGAGCUUGUGCCUUCUCUAGUGAUACACACUUUCUAUUCACUGGCGGAGUUGAGAAAAUUCUCCGGAUAUUUGAUUUGAACCGUCUAGAUGCGCAGCCAAGACUAGUGGAUAAUUCUCCCGGCUCAAUUAGAACUGUUGCAUGGCUCCACAGUGACCAGAUGAUCCUAAGUUCUUGCACUGAUACUAAUGGUGUGAGGUUGUGGGAUCUGAGAAGUGGCAAAAUUGUUCAAACACUCGAGACCAAAUCACCCGUAACCAGUGCAGAAGUGAGUCAGUGUGGUCGCUAUAUAACCACUGCUGACGGAUCUACUGUUAAGUUUUGGGAUGCAAAUCAUUUCGGAUUGGUGAAAAGCUAUGACAUGCCUUGCAAUGUAGAAUCAGCUUCACUGGAACCAAAGAAUGGUAAUAAGUUCAUUGCUGGAGGAGAAGACAUGUGGGUCCAUAUCUUUGAUUUUUAUACUGGAGAAGAGCUCGGUUGUAACAAGGGUCACCAUGGUCCUGUCCACUGUGUACGAUUCUCACCUGGAGGGGAAUCCUAUGCAUCGGGAUCUGAAGACGGUACGAUCAGAAUAUGGCAGACAGGUCCAGCGACACAUGAAGAGAGUGAUGUACCACCACCUGGAAACGAACCAAGUGGAAAAGUGAAGGCCGUAGCCGAUGAGGUUGCCCGUAAUAUUGAGAGUGGCCUUCAUAUUGCAGGGGAAGGGAAAACGGGGGAGAAGGAUAAGGCAACAGAUGCCUGAGAUGGUAUUAAAAUUGUUUAGUGCAUUCAACAAGUGUUUGUUUCAGCUUGACUGCCAGGUUUGUAGGAUAGUCGGUGUGGGUCUGUCGGCAUCUUUCAUGUUCGUCUUUCUAUAACGAAAUAAAAUGAACUUCCGAAUUGCCUUAUA